UCGCGUUGAGAUUGAUGUUCCUUGUUCCUUGUUUUGUGGGUGUUAAUAAGAUAUUGUGAUGGUUUACCUAAAUAUUACUUUUUCUCCUGGAGAUCUAGGAUUAGAUGUGAUCAAAAAUUGACAAAGAAAAACCUGAAGCAGGGGAUCUUCAGGCAGGCAAUCAUCUAAAAUGUCUCCUUGAUUGUUUAUUUACAAUUCCCCUAUAACAAGGAUUCAUUCAUAAAGUGGGUAAACAGCUUAUUUUUGCUACUAUCAGGGUAUACUCAAUCACAUAAUAUCACCCACAACAGGUGAGAUGUUCACCCCAAGCAUGCAGAGUAAUAAUUUUACAAUAGUACUAAGUUUGAGUUCCAAAGCGAGAUGAUGCAUAAACCUUACAGAACCUAUUCAUAAAAUUUUUGAAUAACCAAGGGAGACACUUAAAAAUGGACAUGGGGGUUCGAAAACUGCCUAAAAAACGCAAAUUCGAUCCCUCCGAGUUGGAUGAAGGUGGACCACAAUCCAGUAAUUGUAUACCAGUGUCAGUAGUUCAAACCAACACAAAUGCUACUUCUGUUGAUUAUCUUUAUACACCUCUAUACAAUCAGUUGACUGAGAACCAAAAUCAAAGGGUUCUACCUCCAGCUCCACCACCAGUCGAUUUAAGUGAGUGGUGUGAUCAUAGAGUGUUAGCUAAACAAGGCGAUUGGUAUUUACCAGGAGUUAUAAGAGAAGCUGGUGUUGAUUCUAUUACAGUAGUAUUUGAUGGAAAAUCAGAAAGGUGCACCUAUGAAAAUGUAUUCGAUAAUGAAUAUUACAAUGUCAUUGGAGAUGCUAGCCCCUCAGUUAAUCAAAUCUCAGUAGGCACUAGAGUUUGUGUUCGUCAUAAUCACAGUAUGUUUGUGGAAGGUGUCGUUUGUACUACUCUUGAGGGGCAACCUGUUAGAUUUCUUGUAGCAGUUAUAGGUGACAAAUUAUGUGAGCUUAAUGUAAAACGAGCAGAUCUUCGAUUAUUAAGACCUCCCUGGUGGGACGAGCUUGAACAUCUAGAGUUAGCUUCCAAUCAGCAAAAUGAUUACUGCCGGGCUUCUCCAGCUACCCUGCAUACUCCUGUAAGUGCAUGUACGCCUGUGUCAAAUGGCCGAAUUUAUGAUGAGUUUUGUGAAAGUGAAGAUGAGUUAAGGCAAGAAGGAUUUACUGAAGAAGCCAAACUUUCUGGAGGUAGUAAAAGAAGCUCUAUGCAUAGCCGGGCAUCAUCUUCAAGUAGUGUUACUCCAAGUCAACCAGCUACUCCUCACAAAUAUAAAAAGGGCGAUGUUGUAUCAAAUCCAAACGGAAUUCGUAAGAAAUUUAAUGGAAAGCAAUGGAGGAGAUUAUGCUCUAAAGACAACUGUAACAAGGAGAGUCAAAGGAGAGGUUAUUGUUCUCGCCAUUUAAGCCAAAAAGGAAAUGGUUUAAGAGGAACGUCAUUUCCUAGAGCGGGCAGCAAACAGGAUGGUGAAGAUACAUCCAGAGAUUCUGAAACCUCACCAAGCGCGCAAGAUCGUAGGGUCACUGGUCGAUUUGAUCAAGAAGAAACUGACGUUGCCAACAUGCUAGUGUCUUUAGGUAGCUCACGAUCUGCAACUCCAGCAGCAUUUUCUCCAGGUGCUGCAAGUUCACCAGUUGCGAGGUUAGGUAGUGCUCCUUCUCCUGUAACAGUUGGCCCUCGUCAAAACGUUUUUCUACCCAUUGGUGGCGGCGCACCAGCUUAUCCCCCAUAUCAUCAGCCAGUAAUUAGACCAGAAUUAGUUCGUCCUGUACAAACAGCACAGACUGUUAUUCGUGUAUCUCCUAGUCCAAGACCAUGGGGCACUGUAGCCCCCUUAGAAACUCAGGAAGUGAUAUUCCAACACAACGCACCAACUGAGGAAAGGGUUUCCUUGACCACACAUAUGGCACCAGGAUCUUUGUACAUUGUUCCACAAAAUCACGAUAAGAAUUUAUUGGUGAUUAAAAAUGACAUUGAGCAUAGACUGGAAGAAACUAAACCUCUUUCAAGACAGAUUAUCCAAACUGACCAUAUGAGAAAUUCGCAACCAGCAGUUAUAGUUCACCCUACCCAAUUAUUGCCAGUUUUACCAGCAUCAUCUCAACCUAGAGCUACUUCUUCUGGUGUGAUUGUAGCACCAGAGCAAGCUAUGGAACCUGCUCCUUCUCAACCAUCACCUUCUGCUUUAAUACAACCACCUCAGGUGGGAAGUCCAGCAUCAGCUUUUGCAGUACCUUGGCAUGCUGUUGUACCAAUGCUCUCUAGUAGUAGUGGCAUACAGGGAAGCCUUCCUUCCCCGAGUCCUAAUGAUUUGCCUGAAAAUGAAAAUGUGGAACAUGAGGUUUUACCUAAUCCAGUAGAUGAUGAUGACGACGAUGAUGUUUUUGAACCAGAAAAUGGAGAUAGUUCUGGUGGGUUGGAUUUAGGGAAAGCUCCCUGUGCACCUCAAAGGAGAACACAAUCAAUGAGUUCUUUACAUGGUAGAGAACCAAAAAAUAACAAGGAAAGGAUUAGACGACCAAUGAAUGCGUUCAUGAUUUUUUCUAAAAGACAUAGGGCUUUGGUGCAUCAAAGACAUCCAAAUCAAGACAAUCGCACAGUCUCCAAAAUUUUAGGGGAAUGGUGGUAUGCAUUGGGCCCUGCUGAAAAAAAAAAGUAUCAUGAGUUAGCUACUGAAGUGAAGGAGGCGCAUUUCAGGGCUCACCCUGAAUGGAAAUGGUGUAAUAAAGACAGAAGAAAGUCGUCAACAGGCUCUGGCCGAAGCAAACUAAGUUCCACAGGUGAAUGCGAUAUUCCAAUAAGUCCCGGACCAAUUGAAAAACCUGUUGAUGAUGAAGAUGAUGAUCAUUUGAUAAUCGCUGAUCCUCUGAUUCAAGAAAUCGAUCUGAAAUGUAAAGAAAAAGUGACCGAUUCUGAUUCAGAAUCGCAUUGCGAUAUGGAAGGGCCUCUCCAGUCUAGCAUUUACAAUAGCCCAGUUACACCUAUUUCUGCCCCAUAUCAAUUUGGACCUUUUCACUCAAGAGGGGGGCAUUUCAAAGCUGUACCUUACUCGCCACAGUUGAUUAAAUCCGAGGAACCGUGUUCUUCAAAUCCGAAUACUCCAACUACUGCCUUUUCAUCUGUGGGUAAUGGCAUGGCACUAUCAAUGCUAAAACCUUCCCUGCAAAACAAAACAUCAGACAACUACCAAUCUCCCGUAACAGUUCUCAUCGGUAAUUGCUUGACCGACAGUCCUUCAGAUAGAACACCUUUUGUAGUACAAGUAUCAACCACAGGUCCAACAGAUAUUCCAUGUCUUUACGUCCAGCCCAAAACAUAUGAUUCUCCAAGAAUGGCUCUACAGUUGUUACCAAAAAUAUGUGCCAGCAACGCAUCACCUCAUUCAGUUAUAGUGAGCCAACCUGCACGGAUAGUUACGUCUUUCGAUGAUAUACCAACUACACCCAAAAAUCAAGUUUUAGGUCAUAAUUAUUCAAAACCCAAAUUAGAAAUGAUGUCUUCUGAAGAAGAGGUGAAUACCCGCGAAGAUAGCAGUGGUGAAUUUAAAUUGGCGCCAACUCCAGCACAAUUAGGACAAGCCCCUGGUCAGAGACGUCAAUCUAUGGCCGUUAGUCUUCCAUUAUUGACGGGCUUAGAAGGAAAUAAUGGAAAUUUUGACCUUCAAUCGCCUUGCAGCAAAAAGCACUUUUUUAAGCGGAAUGUUGAAGACGGAAUGGACAAAGUACUUGAAACAGUAAACUUCGAAGCAAAAUUCUCGUCGCUUCCCAGAUUUGAACCACAUGAUGGCCAGUCUCCAAGUGCUAUAUCCAUUCCAAGCCCUGGUUUAUUUGGUCCCUUACGACGUAGAGGAGGGCCCCCCUUGACGGCUCCAGCUAGAGGUCCUGAGGAAGACUUAGGCUCUGAAGCUGAAGCUCCAUUAUCCUUACCCACUGCUCGCCCUUUGGCAGGUACACAUUUUUUUGGGCCAGAUUUUUCUUUGGAAAGUGUCAGAGAGCUGCAAGAAGCUGACGAGGGAGCUUCACCUUCGCCUAGGACUCCACGAACACCUGGGACUAAAGACUCCGAUAAGGGUCAUCGGAAAAAAUUGGAGCAACGUAGACAGUUAGUGAUGCAACUUUUCCAAGAGCAUUCUUUAUUCCCAACAGCCCAGGCCACCUCAAAAUUUCAAUCUGAUCAUGUAAAUAUUUUUCCCACUAAAGGAAGUUUACAGCUAAAGAUAAGAGAGGUACGACAAAAAUUGAUGGCUCAAAGCAACCAGCUGACUCCUCUUACCCCAAGUGCAGGCGCUCAAGGACCACAGUCAGCUGGGCCACAUGAGCCCUUAAGAGUUUCUUCUAACAGCUAGCCGGAUACACCUUCAGAAACUGUUUCGUCUACCUUUGCAAUGUUCUUGAUGCGAAGUUCAUUUUAGUUGCGUUGAGAGGGGCUGCGCGAUUUUGAGGGCUACGCAAAUCGAAUUAGGUUUUUGCUUGAUCAAUUUCCUUAACUUGGUAAAAGAAAAAUAUUUCGUGAUAACCUUACUUUUUGUCCUCUCAUCCUUUGCACUUUAAAUUUAUUUUUUUGGAAGUGACUUUCCUGCUGGGCAUCGGUUUUGAGUAAGAAUAACGAGCAUGAAGCUAGCUAGAGCCAGAAUGUACCAACAGGACAUUCGUGAAGAGCUAUUACGAAAAUAGUUAGAACUAGGGAUCUUACAAAUGGACCAACUCAACUGCGUUCUGGAAAGCUUAAGUGCUUCCAGGAAUUCCUUUCCCUGAUGCAAUGAUGCUGACCCUAGAAAUAGUGAUUUCCAAGUGUUCCAGUGCCUUUCAACCAAAUUUUAUUGUUUUGCCUAAUAAUGCUAAGAAAACUCUUUAGGAUUGCUGACCUAUUCUGCAUCUGAGAUCUGAGCUUUCCGGAACCGGUGCAGAUGGAAGUCACUUUGCACUUAUUUUUAAUGUUUUUUUUUUUUAAGUCCACUCACCUUUUUUAUUUUUUAUCUGUUGCUAUAGUUGAUCACAAUGUGUCUACCAGCAUAUUAGAUGUAAACUUAGUUGCUGUCAUUGUUGACGAGCAACCGAUUUAGUUUUGGAUCAACUAUAUAUAUAUUUUUUGAAGUAUCUACUCACUUUCUAGAUGCAUAUUUUCUUAUUAAUUCGAAAAACAUUAUUCAAUUAUUUGAUAAGAAAUUACAAUCACUCAAAAUAAUGCUUCAUUAUGUUUCAUACAGUUCAGGUGAUUCUUAAUCAUAACAUAUCACCUGACAUUUUAUUCCAAGAUACUCUUUUUGUCGAUUUUAUCUUUUUAAAUAUUUUUAACAUAAAUAUCUACUAUACAUAUUUACAAUUUAAUUUUUUUUUUUUAUGUAACUUCCUUGUUUUUUUUUUUAUUUAUCAAUUUUUUUUUAAUGACUGCUAUACAGGGUGUCCCAGAUAAGGAUGCACUCUACAGGGAUCUCCGUAACCAUAAGAGAUAUAGGAUUGAUUAAAUUUGGAUAAAGCUGUGCAUUACUGAGUUCAGUGGCGCCAUGUUUUGAUAUUUCGGAUAUUCCGAAGAUAUCCAUAAAAAACCGAAUUUUGCCGAAAUUAUUUUUUUCUGACUAUUUGAAAUGAUAUCGCAAAAUAAACUUCACAUUUUCAUUGCCACUUUUUCUCGACUACAUGAUAAUGUUAUUAGAUUUUUGAUCAGACGUUUCGUUUCUUCGUCAUCAACUUUGCUUUUUCAAAUGGUCGAAAUUUUUUAUUUCAUGCCUAAUAAACUCUAUUUUUUAUUCUAAAUCCAACGACAUAUCAAGCUCAUAAUUCCAGGAAUAAUAAUUGCCACUAGUAGUCCCAUUAACUGGCAACUCCGCGAUCCUCAGACAUUACACCGAUGGAAGACUUUUCAAAAUAAUGAUGAGUUGAUGGCUGAAGUUCCUGCCGCAAUAAAAAAUAUGAAUCCAUUCAUGUUAAAAAAUGUCAUGGAAGAAACUGUUCGUCAGUGUUAUUUGUGUAUGGAAAAUGAAGAUGAAAUUUUUGAAAAUGAAAAAUAAUUAUUUGGUUCAUAAAAACAGUUCUAAUAAAUAAAAUCAAUUAUUUCUUUGAUAAAAAAGUUUUUUCCGGGCUAUAAUGCCGUGAUCGAGUAAUAUUUCUACCUAACGUUUCGUCUACUGCCGCGGUAGACAUCUUCAGAGGCGGUGUGGUAGAGGAAGUAGUGCUCUCUUCCGUGUUCCUCCGACAGUGUUGCUACAGCCUCUAAUAGUUUCGUGCCAGACUAUAUUUUUAAAAGGGGCCAGAUUUCAGAAUUUCGUGCAAACCUUUUUCAAAUCAAAAAGAAAAGAGAAAGCCUGCCGCAGGCGCCGCCGGAGGCAGAACAUUUUUCCGGGUGCCACGCCCAAAAACGUUUAUUUUACAUAAAAAAAUAUAGAUUUGGCUUGUUAUGGAGAAACGGGCCAGAUUCGAAAAAGAGUGGCCGACGGGCCACUCCGUCUUAAAAAGGGCCAGCUCUGGCCAUAUGGGGCCACCUGUGGCAACACUGUCCUCCGAUGAUUGGAUUCGACGUUGUUGGACCUGCGUUAUUUAUAUCCAGGGUUGUGGGCGUGGCUUGUGUUAGGCUAUUUUUCUUGUCUCGUUCUCGGAAAGGAAGGGUCUUUGUUUUUUGGAGAACUGGCAACCAGCUUUUGUUAAGGUUCAUGCCCUCUUCUUUUCUGUUGAAGUUGUUGUGGUGUUUCUGUAUCUCUAUGGCUUUUCUGUGGAGGCUGGUGUAAAAAUGUUUGCUGCUAUCCAAUGCUGGAGUCUGGUCGAAACGAAUGACAUGGUUUAUUUGUGUUAACGCGUGUUCGGCGAUUGCUGAUCUAUCUAUUUGUCCCUGCUGACAGUUUCUUUUGUGCUCUUUGACCCCGGUGUUGAUAGAGCCUGCAGUCGUUCCUACAUCUGAUCCUUGGCCGAUCUUAGACUUUGCUGAAUUGUUCUUGUGGGCUUGUAGAUGGGCUUAAUGUUGUGUUUUUCUAGCGUUCGUCCUCUGAAGAAAGGCGCUCCUUGCCAUCUGUGCUGGUUCCUUGUUAUUUGUGCGCUGUUGCUUCGGUCUUAUAGCUCUAUUUAUCUCCUGCUUGGACUACCCAUUUCCUUCAAGUGCUAAUUUUAGGUGUUGCACCUCGUCCUGAAGGUAUCUGCAUUCAUAAAUCCGGAUUGCCCUGUCAGAUAGAUUUUCAAUGACCCCCCUCUUUUGCCUAGGAUGGUGAUUGGAUUCCUUAUUGAGGUAUCCGUAUGUACUCUGUAUCCCAGUUUUCCUGAGGGUAAUCUUUCUAAGAGGAUGUCGAGGAAUGCCCUGUUGCAUUGAUGGUGAGUUUUUUAGUCCGAAACUUUGAAUAAACAAUAAGUGUGAUAUGUCGUUGGAUUCAGGAGGGAAAGUAGAAUUUGUUAGGCAUAAAAUCAUUAAAUUUGAACAUUUAGAAAAACAAACAUGAAACGUCUGAUCAAAAAUCUAAUAACAUUAUCAUGUAGUGGAGAAAAAGUGGCAUGAGAAUGUGAAGUUUAUUUUGCGAUACCAUUUCAAAUAGUGUCAGGAAAAAAAUAAAAACGAUUUCGGAAAAUUCAGUUUUUUAUAGAUAUCUUCGGAAUCAUUCGAAAUUUCCGAAAUAUCAAGACAUGACGCCAUUGAGCUGAGUAAUGCGCAACUUUUUCCAAAUUUAACCAACCCUGUGUCUCUUAUGGUUACCGAGAUCAGAUCCCUGUAGAGUGCAUCCUUAUCCGGGACACUCUGUAUAGGUUGUUGAAUCUAUUCUUCUGAGUGAUAUACUAAUUAUUCUGUUUUUAAAUUUUUUAAAUUUCUACAAGUUGGUAGAGCGUUACACUACAUAUGCGAGGGACCUGGGUUCAAAUCCUAGUCAAGGCAAGAAAAUUUUUCAUCAAUUUUAAUUGAAACAUCUGCAUGCCAAGAAAAUCCAACAUACUCUAAAUUUUUUUUUUGAGUACCUGAAUUACGUGAAAUACACAGCUACCGAUAUGAGCAUAUUCUAAUAUAAAUAUUUCAGUAUAUAAUUUUUUGUUUAGCUCUCAAAAGCUGUAGUCCAUUCACAAAAUAGUAUUGUACCCUCGUUCUGGGCAAUAAACCAUUAGCGUAAGAAUAAUCAUUCGAUAAAAGUAGGAGGUAUUCUUUGUUAUUGAAAUUUAAGAGAAAUCACUCAUAUAUUUUUUUAGGAAUAUCAAGUCUCUAAAUGUAAUCUUUUAUUUGCCCACGGCCUAGCCUUCCAUUUAUAACACAAACUAAGUGCCAAAAUUGGAUUUUUAAUAGAAAUUGUUUGGGAUUUUGAUAAGCUGAAGUUUUCCAGUGAAACUAAUGGAAAAGAUUUAAUUUUGGAACUAUGUAAUCUGUUCCUGUUUUUAUAAAGAACAUAGAGAUACAUGAUUUAAUAGGGAAUAGAUUUUGGAUUGACGAAUCUUUAACUAACGAUAUAUUUUUGGGUUAUGAAAGGAUUGCCUGGUAGAGUCGACCAAACUUAAGAAUGGCACAGGCACGUGUUUCGCCGCAAGUUGCCCAUUGGUAUGUUCAUCACAGUUGCCAUAGCAACGGCGAGUAGUUGGGUCAUUGAGUAGCGUAGCUAAAUUAGAUCCAUUUCCAAACCAAAUGAAAAUUAUUGAACUAAAAGUUUGCCCGCUGCCUUCGACGUCAGAACUCCGCGCUGACCAAGCCUAUACCAUUCUUAAGUUUGGUGGACCCUAACUGGCUCCCAUAAAUAGUCCGGCGAUCCUCUAUAAAGCAAACCUUUUCUUAUUUUAACCCAAAAUAAUUCAAUAAUUGGAAUGUAGAUGUUAAAUGAAAGCAUCCAUGCAUAUGUUGCCCAAAAUAGUAUAUUACAAUCCGAGACGGGAAAUGCUUCAUUGCUGGUCAAGAGGUUUUAUAGUUUAUCGAGACGCGUAGCUUCGAGAUAAACUGAUAGCGAAUUCCAUUUGUCGAAUAGGUGCAAAAAAAAAUUGUAUCCUUAUCCUUAUAUUUCACAUGCUUUUAGAAAAAGAUGCUUAUACACCCAGUGCGCACUGAUUGACAAAUGGAAAUCGCCAUGAACCUCGAGACAGCAAUGAAGUUUCCCGUCGAAGUUUGUAUACUACAUAUUUUGUUUUUAACCAUAAUUUAUCAAAAAAAAAAAACCGUGACAACCAAAUGAGGAAAGGAAAUGGAGCAGUAAAAUGAAAAUACAAAAAUGUGACAUUUUCAAAUUUUUAAAAAGUCCGUUAUGUCAACAUUUCAUAUAUGUUUGAAAAUAAAAAUAUGCAUUCAUGCUUUUUUUAACUUUUUUGUGCAACCGUCCGCGAAAUUCAAUUUUGCGGCCGCCACACCUUAAGUGCAAAAUGUGUCGAAUCCAUACAGUUUUUCUGUAAGCGAAUUCUAUUGGAAGGUUUAGUGCGCACUGAGUGUAUCCGUGUCUUUUUGUACUAACUUGUAUAAGAAAGAGAUGAAAAUACAUUUUUUCUGCAUUGGUUCUACCAAUAGAAUUCGCUAUGUAACUUUACAUAAUUUUUAUCGGUGCACAUAUUAUAGUGUGUAUACCAUGACCGCGAAACGCAAGCGGCCUCGGCAAUAACUUUUCUCUACGUACGCUAAAAAGGCAUUUCGCGGUCUUGGUAUACGAAUAACUAUUAUUAAUUAUAGAAAGUAUAAAGGGUAUCAAUCCUAUUGGGAAGAAAUAAUAUUAAUGUAACAGGUUUAUACCGGAAUGAGCUCAAAAUCACGCCCUGAACACGAUGCUAAGCAUUCAUCCGAACAGUGGCAAAAUCAACCAAUAAAAUCAUUAAAAGGUAUAUGUUCGAAGGCUCGUCAUUUUUCCCCACUAUUUGGCAAAUCCAUAGAGCCCAAACUCUGUUAUAAAUUUUCUAUUUUAAUAAUAUCAAUAUUUCUAUUCCCUAUUUUAUUAUAAUUUCCAUAAUUUAGAGUUAUUACACAGAAAAAAACUCAUGCCAUAGUUAAUGUCAUCUCAAAAGUAGGUAGAACCCAGUGAAAUAAGUUUUAGAUUAUUACCGAUGGAAAAAAAAAAUGUUAAAUCUCAUGAUAACUAGCUUUUAUUUAAUGGUGCUCUUAGUUUUAUUUUAUUAGUUAUUAAAAAUAUUAGAAAAACCGUUUCUUGUGCCACCAGGUAGUCAGUCUUGGAAUUAUUUCUUUUGUUUGGCACAGUGCAAUAAAUAGACUCUUAUAUUAUUUAUGUUGUGUAAAAAAAUGUUAUAUGUUGACCCUUGUGAUUAUACUUAAUACGAACGUUGAAAAUAUCUUAUUCGCAAUAAUUUGUAUGUAAUCUUGUUGCUAUAUUUUAGUUCGGUAGGUUUUUGAUGCACGGAUUGCCAUGGCCUUCCAUGGUGAUUGUUUUAACAUUAUUUGAGUUAUUUCAGAAACUAUUUUUUUUCUCAUUUAUAAAAAUGUUGAACCUGUAUUUUAAGCCAUUUAUUUUGGAACAUUACCAUUACAACCAUAAAACUUUCCGUUUUUUUCUUUUGUUCAGGUUUUGAAAUAUUGAAAUUUUGGUUUAAAAUCGUCUCAAUAUCACACGUGCCCAAAUUAUAAUCCGGAAACUUUUUCUCACUGUGGAAUAUUCAGACGAAAUUAUCCCUGGUUUUAAUAUUCGUGAGGUUUAAAAAAAUUUCGGAAAUAGUUUGGGCACUGAUAUUAUAAGUAAAAAUUCGAUAGAUGAAUACAAAAUUGUAAGAUAAGGAUGGCCAGUAUGGGGAUCUGGGAAACAGUAAGAGAUAUGACGUCACUCAAAUUGGAAAAAAGUUGCGCAAUUUUGUACUCAUUAAAAUGGUGCUUUGAUAUUUUCAAAAUUCCGAGUGCUACCGGAAAAAACCGAAAUUCGUCCAAAACGAUUUUAAUUUUUCCUGACCUUAUUCGAAAAGAUAUUUCAAAAUAAAUGGCACUUCAUUGUUGCCACUUUUCCUCCUCUACAAGAUGCCGUUAUUAAAUUUGAAAUCCAAUGUUUUGGUUUUGGGCUCUUAUCAUCUACUUCUUUUUUUUCUUUAAAUACGAACCGAUUUUAUAAGCAUCUGAUGUCUCAAAUCCAAUGUAUUGCAUUUAUUCGAAAAAUUUAUAUUAUUGGUACUUUCUAUAAAAACUUAAUAUGUUAGAGAAAGACAGAGAAGAGAAUUUUGGUAGGAAAUUACUAAAAAGUGAAAAAAAUAUUUUGCGAAUAAAUGCGGUACGUCAUAGCUUUUGGGACAUCAGAAGCUCUUAAAAUCUGAAAUAGAAAAUCAAGGGCCGGCAUGAAGUUGACAAUGGUGUCCCAAAGACGAAACGUCAGUUUUUAAAUUUGAAAAUGUCAUCUUGUAGAGUAGAAUAAUUUGUUUCGAUGAAGUGACAUUUAUUUUGAAAUAUCUACUUAAAUAAGCUCAGAAAAAAAUAAAAUCGAUUUUGCCAAAUUUCGUUUUUUCCCGGAUAUCUCCGGUAGCACUCGGAAUUUUUAAAACAUCAAAGCGCCAUUUUAAUGAGCACAAAAUUGCGCCACUUUUUUUUUUCAAAUUUAAGCGACGUUGUAUCUCAUACCGUUUCUGAGAUCCCUAUGCUGACCCUCCUUAUCUUGGACACAUUAUAUAGGGAGUCCCAGUGGGAACCAAAUCGAUCUAUAUAUGAAAAACUGUAUGCAGAAAUUUUCUGAAAACUUGACAGUAUACAAUGUCAAUGGGGGCAACCCGGCUAAAAUAUUUUCAAGACCGUUUUGCAACUUUGACAGGCUGUAAAACCUAAACGGUUUAUUUUAGAGGAAAACCGAUCUUACAUUCUUGUCUUAGAUUUUUAUAAAUUAUCAAAUUCAAGUUAAAUUUAAUCUCUGGUUAAAUUCAAAGUUGGUGUUAAAUGAUGUAAAAUCGGUUUUCCUCUAAAAUUAACCGUUUAGGUUUCACAUCCUGUCAAAGUUGCAAAAAAGUCAAUUUUCAACUGUCAAUAUUUCCAAAACAGUUGAACUUAGGUGUAGGGUAUAACAUGAAAUCUGCUCAGAAUUGUAUCUAGAAUCCAAAUAUGCAAUCACAUACAGGGUGUCUCAUUUAAAAUAAGCAAGUUGACGUCUAGUUUCGGUAUAACGGGAAGAGGCACCAUCUUGAAAAUAUUUUAGACGGGUUGCCCCCAUUGACAUUAGCAAUUUUCAAAUAUUUCUGCAUACAGUUUUUCAUAUAUAGAUCGAUUGGGUUCCCUGUGGGACACUCUGUAUAGGAACUACAAAAUUAUUAUUUCUUUUUAAAGACAAAAUUUAUUAAUUUCAUUCAAUAUGGAUCAAAAACACUUAAGUUUUGUGUAAAUUAAGCCUUGCAUAUCUACUCCACUAAGGGCCAGCUUAUUCACCUUCUGAUAAACUGUUAGGUAUGCAAUCUGUAAUCUCAUUGCUCGGCCAGUUUUCCGCCGACCAAUAGAAUUAAAGAACAGUAAAUUUAUCUUGCAGAUAGUUACCAGCAAGUUUAUCUGAAGAUGAAUAAACCGGGCCUAAAUGAGCUAACUUUAAGAUUAUAUAUUACAGACGUGCACAAGUGUGAGUCAAAAUAUGAUGCUGAUGGGAAAAUGUGCAAUAAAAAAUCCAUAAUCAAAUUGUCCAUUUCCAAAUUUAACAAUUAAAAAUGGAAACUAAUAAUGGUUAUGUAAUUCUCGUAUAAUAUAUUCUAUCAAUUAACUUAAAGGUUCACUUUAAAAUUAGAAAUGGAAAUGUCACCUUGUGCCAAAUACCUCCAAUAAUAAUUGUUUUUGCGGCUUGAAAUAAUUUAAGUUUUUUUGGGAUAGAUGUUUCUCAAUUUGCUUGGUCCAAAAAAAAACAAGUCUAAUAAUGUGUCGUUUUAUACAUAUACAGUGUGUCCCGCUUUUCAUGAAUACACCCCGAUAUCUCAGUUAUUAAUAAUGCGAUUUUAUUCAAAUUUUGGUGAAGAUUGUAUGUUAGAAAAAUGAACUAAUUGACAUAGUAAAAAAAAAUAUUUUCCAUUGGCGUGCGGUGUUGGGAGGUAAAAAGGGGUUGUAUUUUUGGGAAAAAAAUAUUAGGGCUUAUUUUAGAUAAUUUUUUGUAUCAGAUUAAAAUUCAGCAUCCCCAAAAACCCCGUAAUUCAUAUUUUCAAAAUGACAAGAGCUGAUUUUACAAAAAAAAAAAAAAAUAUUUUAAUUAAUUUUUUCUAAUAAGUUGUUUAUUUCUAAUUGUGAUAACCAAAUUACUAAUGACAUUAUUUUAGAAUAUUGUAUUUUCAAUAUAACAACCCCCUUAUUAGAAAGAAACAGCCUUUAAGAAAAAUUAAAUUAAAAUAAAUUUAUUUUUUUUGCUAAAAUCAUCCCUUGAAAAAUAUGAAUUAAGGGAUUUUUGGGGAUGCUGAUUCUUAAUCUGAUGCAAAAAAUUAUCUAAAUUAAGCCCUAAUAUCUUUUUCCCAAAAAAACAAUACGUUUUCACCCCCCAACACCGCACGCCAAUGGUAAACAAAAAUGUUUACUAUGUCAAAUAGUUCAUUUUUCUAACAUAAAAUCACCUCCAAAAUUUGAAUAAAAUCGCAUUAUUAAUAACUGAGAUGUCGGGGUGUAUUCAUGAAAAGUGGGACACACUGUAUAUAUAUAUAUAUAUAUAUUUUUUUUUUUCUUCAAAUUUAUGUUGUAUAUAGAAUGUGUUAUUCGUGAGGAUGAAGCCAGUGAUGAAAAGAAAAACGACCCUUAUCUGAUGAAAGCUUUCUCAAUUUUUUUUAUUGCUUCGUCAGUUAUAAGAUCAUGAGUUCUUAUUCAAUCUAGAUUUCAUUUACCUUGCGUUCGGUAUUUUGCUCAAAGAGUAGAGCGUGCUGAGCGGAGCCGUAAACACGUGACCAGUGAGCGAACAAAGCAGUUGAACGCUGUGUCAGAGUGCUCGAAAUUUGAAUAAAGAAACAUGAAUGAGCCUGCACCGAGUACACUUUUUGAAUAAAAGAACGAUAAGUUCAAGCUCGGAGAGCUCAGAUCCAAAUACCGAACGCACGGUUAGAUUGUAUAAUAGUGUAGAAUAAAAUAUAAAAUUGUACAUAAAUGUACAGAUUUAAUUUUUUUUUUGAUUAAACGUAGACACUAUAUCUUUAAAUCUGUCUACAUUUAUGUACAAUUUCAUAUUUUAUUCUACACUAUUAUACAAUCUAAAUGAAAUCUAGAUUAAAUAGGAACUCAUGAUCUUAUGACUGACGGAGCAAUAAAAAAAAUUGCGAAAGCUUUCAUUAGAUAAGAGUCGUUUUUCUUUUUGUCACUGGCUUCAUCCCCACAAACAGUAACACAUUCAUAUAAAGAUUUAAGCCACGAUAAUACCUAAUAUUGUAUAUAGAAUAUACAUACAUACAUAUAUCCUUAUUUGUAAUUAACAAAUUUUCCUGAGUGAAAAGAAAAAUACAGAAUUAUACAGGGUGAUCCAUAAGUGCAUGUAAUAAUUGGGAAACAUGUUAGAAGAGCUCAUUUCCAUGACUCAAUAGAUUUCAAGAUAUUUAAAUUUUUGUGUUUUGGUUGUGAAAAUUAUCUCGUUUAUUAUUAAAGAGGGUGGGACCCUAAAAAACGACUUAAGCUACUUAAAACAAGAAAACAAUUCUAAGAUCUCUCGUGAAAACCGCAGUCCUAUAUUCAAAAUAGUCUCCGAGAAAACUCCUUGUGAAGAUAAAUUAUGCAGGAACAUGUGAUGUCACAAGUCUUCUGUUCGUUCAAUCGUCAGUGAACAGUACCCUAUACUUUGAGUGGUUGCAAUUCACUCUAGGAGAUAAUUGUCUUUCGAUUUGAAAGAUUCUUACCCGUGUUAAUACUGUCCCUAAUAAUCCAGUGUGACGUCAAAAACACCUAGUUGUAACUUUAAACCGCCCUAACUCGGAAACGGACCAUCGUAGCAAGAUGCGGUUCAAAUAUUUAUUCCUAUAUUUUUUUGCACUAAAACUUUCAUUUUUGGGCUACACCCCCUUUAAAUUUGAAAGAAUGACGCACAGCUAACAUGGGAUCUUUGGGCUCUAUGGAUUUGAUAUGCCGUAGAGGAUUUAAUUCAUAACAACCUUUGAAUGGGACCAACUCUUGUACAUUUUACGGUUUGUGAGAUAUAAGCCUUGAAAGAUGGGCUUCUUUUGCGAAGAAGUUGCCAUGUAACAAUAUUUUGAAAGAUGCAAUAUAUUUGGUGAGUGACUUGAAAUAUGUUGACUUGACAAACAUUAGUUUAUCGUAUUUUUCACGAAAAAAUCCAUCAUUCAACGCUUAUAUCUUGCAAGAUUUGGCCCCAUUUAAAUGUUGUUAAGAAUUAAAUCCUCUACGACAUUAUAAAAAGUUGGCAAAACCCAUAGAGUUCAAAAAUCCCAUCUAAGCUGUGCGUUAUACUUAAAAAAAAACUCUUUCCUCAAUUUAUUCCAAUUUUGAUCGGUUAACACAGUAAGCCAAGUUACGUUAUGACAAUUAUGUUCAACAAUUCUGAACAAAUCAAAACAUGAACUUGGAAGAGCUAAAACCUUCUUACUAUUUGUGCAUCUAUGCGCGGAUGUAGGUAUUUCUGAAAAUUGACAAAAUAUUGAAGUCCUAAUCGUUUUCGGAUCAAGUUAGGUAUAAAGCUUUUAACUAUAAUUAUCCUUUAAUUCCAUAAAUAACAAUACAGGUAGUGAUGUCAUUUCCAUAUCUAUGUCAGAAGUGACAUUAAUCAUUAAUGUAUUAAUUUUAGUUUAGUUUAGUAGUGUCAUCAAUUUUGAAUGUAAAAAUUCACGAAUGCUUUGAUUUUUUCUGACAACUGAGGGUUUUAGUUCUAGUCCGAUUUAUGGAAAAUUAUUUCACAUAUAUACAAUGUUAACUAAGAGGCCAAAUUCAAAUAUCCAAAAAAGGAUGCGAGAAGCGUCCACCUAUCGAUCGCCCUGUCUAUGAUAUGUGUAAUUAAAAAAAAAAUCAUUUUUGGAGAUACACUAAUUUAUUUUAACAUAUUUAUCAAACUUUAUACAGGUAAAUUAUUCGAAAUGCAUAUUCAAAGAUAAAAAUGUUCUUUAUUGGAAGGACGCUUAUUCAUUAAGAAUAAAAGUUUCAAUUUUAUUCUCCAUAAAAAAAAUUAUUUAUUUAAAUCUACAAAUUAUUGUACAAAAAAAAAUUAAACAAUAAAUGUGACAAAUUAUUUGGUACAAAAUGAUUAUUUUUUAAACGCUUUGAAAAAAUGCGUCUGUCACUGAGCAAUAUUUGUAUUAAAAAACGCCUUUCUACCCCUUGAUUGUCUUGGCCUUAAACAAAUAGCAAUAUUUUACAUAGAAAGAUGGUCUUAUUGUGAGGUGACUGGACUUGUAAGUUGUAACAUUCGCUUAAAUGUAUUUUUAGAUAUAUUAUAGUAACAUACAUUUAUAAGUGUAUGGUUGUGUUUUUUAUAAAGACUUCAUUUAAGCUAUUAGGUUAUUAAACUGUUAUAAAUAUUUGUGUUUACUAAAUUAACUGAUUCUAACAAGCGAAAAAAUAAUUUAGCUGCCACUUGGUGUGCUAUGUAGCAUUUCAUGAUCUCUUUUACAUAAUGAAUAGUUAUGCAUAUUUUAUUAAUUUAAUAGAGUGUAUAUAAUCCACUUUUAGAACUACAUAUUUGUACAUCAUUAUAUUAUUAUCACCUAAUUCAUUAAAAUAA